UCCCUCUCCCCGUAUUAUUAGGCUACAAAUCAAACGACCCACAAACCCAGAAAAAGCCUUAAUUUCGCAGAGAGCAAAAGAGAGAGAAGAAGAAAACCGAGGAAUUUCAACACCAACUUCUCGGAUUUCUCUUCUUCCUCAAAAGUUCCUCAACAUUCUUCUCUCUCCCACCAUUUUCGUUAAUGGGGUUUCUUCAUAAAAGCUAAGUAGCUCAGAAAAGACCCCCACUUUUUCUAGGUUGAUAGUAUGCAAAUGGGUGCUCGUUUUCCAUCUUUUUCUCUCUCCUACACCUUAACUUGACAACUACACUCCUGCUGUCCUGCAUCAUACACGUUGUCUAAUCCCUUCAUAACUGUCCAUCAUGAUCCUUCAUAUCACUCCCCUAGCUGCUCGUGAUUAUCCAAUUUAAGUUGGAUUAUCUUGAUCUCAAUUGUAGGUGGAGAGAUUGUGAUAUCAUUGUCAUCACAACCAUGAAACUUGGAACAAAGAAAGGAUGGAAGUCUAUAAUGCCUUUACGUUUAAGGGGCAAAUCAGCAACAAGAUUUUGUUUGUUUUCCAAAGCAAAAUCAUCUAGCUCUGAUCCGGGAAAUACUCCUGUCUACCUCAAUGUUUAUGACCUAACUCCCAUGAAUGGAUAUCUCUAUUGGGCUGGCCUUGGUAUCUUUCAUUCUGGUGUGGAAGUUCAUGGUGUAGAAUAUGCUUUUGGAGCUCAUGAUUACCCAACCAGUGGUGUUUUCGAGGUUGAACCACGGCAAUGCCCAGGGUUUAAGUUUAGAAAAUCAAUAUUAAUUGGUACGACGUGUUUAGAUGCAAAGGAAGUGAGAGAGUUCAUGGAGAGGCAUGCUGCAAGUUACAAUGGAGAUACAUACCAUUUGAUUGUCAAAAACUGUAACCACUUUUGCAAGGAUGUGUGCUACAAGCUGACUGGGAAAAAUAUCCCCAAAUGGGUUAAUCGACUAGCCAAGAUAGGUUCAGCAUGUAACUGUGUCCUCCCUGAAACGCUCAAGAUUAAUACUGUCCAAGAAGAUGCCAGUUUGGUAACAUAUGAUAGUGAAAAGAAAAGACUAAAGAAUGCCUUUAGUUGCCUAUCAUCAAUCUCUAUGCGUCAAAAACAAUUGUCAGCUUCUUCAUUAUUCCUACGUUCACCAUUGAAAAGCUGCUUGCCUUCAUGUGAACUCAAGACCUCCAAAAAACGUUCACUAACCGAAAGGUAAAGAGGAAAAACAAUUUAAGCUUCUGUAUUUCUGUAAGAUUCUAGGAGCAUGGUUGGAUGAGGGGAGAUUAAAUGUAAGUUGUUCUGUAAUUAUAAGAUUUUUAUAGUUUCCCCGUCAAGUGCUAGUCAUCAUCAUCAUCAUCAUCAUCAUCAUCAUCAUCAUCAUCAUCAUCAUCAUCGUCAUUCACUGGUUUAUGUUGUAUUCCACUACUGUAAUUUAUUUAUCUGUAACAUUACCUCCUAAUGGAGUUUUUAUUUAUAUCAUCAAUUCUGGUCGAAA